AUGUCUGAUGGUCCUCUUUACCUCGGAUUCGACCUUUCUACCCAACAACUGAAGGGACUGGUGGUCGAUUCUAGUCUGAAGAAAAUCCAUGAGGCCAAGUUCGACUUCGAUGCAGACGCCAAGGGUUUCAAUGUCAACAAGGGUAUUCUUGUCAACGAAGCAGAGCAUGAAGUCUUUGCACCCGUGACCAUGUGGCUGCAAGCGAUCGACACCCUUCUGACAAGGCUGAAGGAUAAUGGCUUAGAUUUUUCACGAAUCAAGGGCAUUAGUGGAUCAGGCAUGCAACAUGGAAGCGUCUUUUGGAAUGCUGAUGCCGAACAAAUACUUGCACGGCUCGACCCAAAUAAGACCUUGGAAGCACAAUUGGAGGGCGCGUUUGCACAUCCUUUCAGUCCAAACUGGCAGGAUGCCAGUACACAGAAGGAGUGUGACGAGUUUGACGCUAUUUUGGGUAGCGAAGCGCAGCUGGCCGCUGCCACUGGAAGUAAAGCACAUCACCGGUUUACGGGUCCCCAGAUUCUGAGAUUCCAACGGAAAUAUCCUGACAAAUAUAGCAAGACCGUCAGAAUUACCCUUGUCUCCUCUUGGCUUGCAACGGUAUUUUUAGGCAAAUUUGCACCUUUCGAUAUUUCGGAUGUCUGUGGAAUGAAUCUCUGGGAUCUCAAAGCUGGUAAAUGGAAUGAAAAGCUACUGGAACUAACUGCCGGUUCUUCGGGCGUGGAAACAUUGAGAUCCAAGUUGGGAGAUGUGCCUGAAGAUGGCGGUUGCAAUCUAGGCUCGAUCUCUUCCUAUUUUGUGCAGCGACACGGCUUCAGCCAGGAUUGUACGAUUGUGGUCUCUACCGGUGAUAAUCCUUCAACAAUUCUUGCAUUACCACUUCGCAACAACGAUGCAAUGGUAUCUCUAGGCACGUCAACUACCUUCCUCAUGUCGACAUCAGAGUAUAAACCCGAUCCAGCCACACACUUUUUCAACUCUCCCACCACUGCUGGUCUGUAUAUGUUUAUGCUCUGCUACAAGAACGGCGGAUUGGCAAGAGAAGAAGUGCGCAACGCAAUCAAUUCCACUGUGUCUCUUUCAGACAAGAAUUCCUGGGAUGAAUUCGAUAAACACCUUCUCUUGACUCCACCACUCGCACAGGAAGAUUUGUCGAAACCAAUGCACUUAGGCCUUUACUUCCCGCGCCCAGAAAUCAUCCCGAACCUCCCUGUAGGCGAAUGGCACUUCUCGUACGACGUACAAACCGACACCCUCACCCGCACAGACUCCGUGCCUGGGACUCCACAAGCCGACGCCCGUCUAAUCGUCGAGUCUCAAUUCCUGUCCCUCCGCCUACGCUCACGCGAGCUCGUCUCUUCACCCGCACCAGAUCUGCCUCCACAACCACGUCGCAUCUAUCUUGUUGGCGGCGGCUCACGCAACCGUGCUAUCGCCCGCGUCGCCGGACAGGUUCUCGGCGGCUCCGACGGUGUCUUUAAACUCGAUGUUGGCGAGAAUGCCUGCGCGCUAGGAGCGGCCUACAAGGCCGUCUGGGCGAUCGAGCGCGAAGAAUCGAAGAACGAGACGUUUGAGGAGCUGAUUGGUAAACGAUGGAGGGAGGAUGACUUCGUGGAGAAAAUCGCGGAUGGCUAUGAUGAGAAGGUCUUUCAUAGAUAUGGCCAAGCGCUAGUGGGAUUCGAGCGGAUGGAGCAGGUGCUGUUGAGGGAGCAGGCUGAGCAAGCGAAGUAA